AUGCAAAUACUUCCAUCCACUGUAUGGUAUCUUAAAACAAUCAUCUAACCUAUAAGAAGGAUUCCAUUCUUUAUCAUAAAAAUAAAAUUUAAACUAAAAUAAGAUUAAAAGUUAGAGAGAUAUUGUUUUCAAUACAAAAUUCUUUCUCUCUAGAAGAAAUUUGCAAAAAAAAUAAAAUAAGAAACAAUUUAUUCAAAAAUGUUCAAUGAAAACCUAUAGAUAUUCCUAAAAAAGAAAUGA